AAGAUAUUAAAACAACAUGGAAAAUAAGAGAUAGCCAUCUAGAAACAACGUACCAUCUUUAAAAUGCGAUCCAACUGCAUAUAAAUAUUGUCAAGAAAAAAAGGAUCCUGAAUUUUUAAAAAAAUGCUAUAUCAAUGCUAUUAAUGGGUAUGGUGUUUUCACUGAAGUUACACUAAAAAAGGGUCAAUUUAUAUGUGCCUAUUUUGGUGAAUUAAUAUCUCUAGAAGAGGGGGAAAAAAGAGAAGAUAUUUAUGAAGAAAACAAAGGAAGUUAUAUUUUUUUUCUUGAACAUGAACGCCUUAAGUAUUGCAUAGAUGCAACUAACACUGAAUGUAUUGGUAAAUAUAUAAAUGAUAGUCCAAUGAAGAGUGCAAAUGCUAUUAUUAAAGUUAUAAUGGUGGAUUUUCAGCCAUAUUUGUGUAUCUUUGCACAUACAACAAUUUUACAAGACACUGAAAUUAGAUAUGACUAUAAGGCGCCUAAUCUAUGGUGGCGAAAGCUUAAACAUCUUCUGAAACCUUUUACUCUAGGAGAAUUAGAAUCUGAUACCGCAUCUGAGUCUUCUGGUAUUCUUGAUGAAGUAGAGUCAAGUGAUCAUGAUGAAUUUGUGAACAGUGUGGAGAUAUUACCUACUAGUUAUCUAGUCUUCUCUACCCCUCCUCAUAUCAUAGAUUUUUGCAAAGCCACAAGCACACCUAAAAAAGAAACUACAAAGCAAUCAAAAUCUGAAAUUAUGAAUUCUAGUUCAAAAAAAAGACGGUAUCCACAGAGGAAUAUGUCAAAAUGCAUAAACUACAGAAUGCCUGAACUGGAUUUAGAUAGCUCUUUACGUGAUGACAGUGGGAUCGAUGAUUCUUUUUUAAAACAGAUACUUCAUUCUUCAAACGAAGAAUCUUCUGGUGAAGAUGACAGAGACUCAGAUUUCAAUAUUCCAAAAUAUAUUGGUACCCCAGAAUCGGAAAGUCAAUCUGAUGUUAUUGAUGUUAUCCAUAAUGAAUUACUCAGUAUACCAAAUAAUGAAUUUCUUAUCAGAAAAGAAGAAAUUAGUCAGCUAAUUGAAAGCAAGAUACACAGUUCUGAUGAUGAAAUUUUAUCUGACAAUAACAAUGCUAUUGAAUCCAGACACAAACAUGGGCAUAAAAAACACUACUGUCUUUAUUGUGAAAAACUUCUCUCAAAAAUCCCAAGGCAUUUAGAACAUAUUCAUAAGCAAGAAGAACUUGUUAUAGAAGCCCUUCGUUAUCCGAAAAAAAGUAAAGAGCGAAGAAAUAUGUGGACUUAUAUAGAGAGGAAAGGUGAUUUUAAUGUAAAUAUAAAUAACAUUAAAAAUUCUAAAAAAAUAACAUCUGUAAGAAAAUGUACAGUCAACAAAGAUGAUGAGCUAUUGCCUUGUGAAUAUUGUUAUGGUUUUUUCAGAGCAAGGAAACUUUGUGAACAUGUUUCAAAGUGUUUUAGGCGUGGUAGUGAUAACAAGGAAAUAAGUUAUAUAAAAGCUUCUCGAAUAUUAGUAGGCCAAUCCAGUUUGACCGACAAUGCUAAAAUUGUACAUGAGCAUAUACUUACAACUAUGAAACAUGAUAAACUUCACCUUGUUAUUCGCAAUGAUAAGUUAUUAUUGACCUAUGGAGCAGUUGAAGUUGGUAAAAAAGAAAGAGAUCGUUACCAUGAUGUAGGCUAUGCACUUCGAGUUUUAGCUAAGUUAUUGUUGCAAUACAGAAAACAGUUUAAUGCAGAAGAUGCAUCUGCCAAAGAUUUAGUCAAUACAAAAAACUAUGAUAACAUUGUUUCUUCUAUGAAAGUUUGUGCAGAUUAUUGUGGACCAAGAAAAAUUGGAAAUCCUCAUCUUGUUUUAAGAAUAGGAUAUUCAUUAAAAACUUUAGCUAUAAUAGUCAAAUUAGAGUACCUGAAAUUAGGAUUACAAGACAUGGUUGAAAACAUUCGAAAUUUUUUAGAGCUAUUGGAAUCAGACUACAGUAUUUUUUUAAACAAUGCACGUAGUGUAUAUGAUUUACGAAAAGCCAAUGCACCAGAUAUGUUGCCAGAAGAAAGUGACAUUAAAGUUUUAAGAAAUUAUUGUGUUAGUGAAAUCAGCAAGUAUUUAAACAAUACAAUUCUUACAUCUAAUGAAUAUAUACAUUUGUGUAAACUUACUUAUGUAAGAAUACUAACAUUUAAUGCUAGGCGAGGUGGAGAACCUGGAAAGUUGACAUUAGCAGAUUGGGAUAUGGUAGAAAAAGGCAGGUGGAAACGCCAAACUGACAUAGAUGCUUUAGAUGAUCCGAUAGAAAAAAAGCUUGCAGAGCGAUUUAAACUAUGUUACAUUGAAGGCAAAAAAAAACGGAGUGGUUCUUCUGUAAAAGCAUUAGUUCCGAUUAUUUUUACUGAGGAAGUUGUUGGUGCAAUCAGACUAUUAAUCAGCUCAAGGCAAAAUGCUAAUAUUUCUCAAAAAAAUAAUUAUGUGUUUGCCCGUGGUGCAGGCUGUUUUAAACUACGUGGUUGGGACGCGCUACAAUCUUUAACAAAAAAGCUUAAUUUAUCGAAGCCAAAGCUUAUUACGCCAACUAGAACUAGAAAGUAUUUGGCAACCAUUCUGCAGUUGUUAGACAUGAAUAAUGCUGAGCUUUUGUGGCUCACAAAUCACAUGGGGCAUACUAAAGAUGUUCAUCAAAAUUGGUAUCGACGUGAGGAUUCUACUAUCGAAUUAACAAAAGUAGCAAAAAUUCUUCUUGCUAUGGAUAAUGGCGAUGCAAGGUGCAUUCAAAAUAAGAAAAUCGAUUCACUAUUACAAAAUAGUUUUGAAGGAAUUGGGAUAUCAAAUGUUAAUACAGGAGAAAGUGCUAAUGUUUGCACUUAUUCAGAUGAAGAUGUUGGAGAUGCAAAUAGCAAUGUUUUGGAUGAAAAUACCAAUGUCAUUGAAAAUGAAUUAAUUAAUGUCGAACGUAAAAGAAUACAAAAUAAAAGAAUAAACAUGCACAAAGAGUCAAAAAAAACUUGGAAAGGUUGGUCGGAAGAAGAAAACGCAUCACUUCGUAAGGCGUUUUCGAUAUAUAUCGCGAGAAAGAUUCCGUGUCCGCUUCUUGAUGUUAAAAAAAUUAUUGAAAGUAUACCUUGUCUUCGAAGAAGAGGGCAUAAGAUUGUUAAAGACAAACUAAACAAUAUUAUUAGAAAGAGAUGAUUUAUGCGUUUUUAUUUAUAUACAAAUAAUGGUGUUUUGAAGUAGUUAUGUUGAAAUCAGGUUUAUUAACGUUGAUUAAAUUUUAUAUAAUUAUUUCAAGUGUAUUAUAAUUUUAAGUGUGUAUAAAAAAGAUCAGUGUAAUAUUUGUAUAAUGAAUAUAUAUCAAAUA